AUGGCGUCUGUGUGGAAGCGUCUCCAGAGAGUGAACAAGCGCGCCGCUAAGUUCCAAUACACGGCCUCCUACCACCGUGUUGAUAUAGAACUCACUCCGAAGUGGAAACCCAAUAAGUUAAGUAUAGUAUGGACACGUCGAUCUCGUCGCGUUGUCACAGAGCCUCUUGAAUGGGAGCCAUCGUUAAAGGAUCCGUUAAAGGGUUCAGUAAUAUUCGCGGUGCCCGAGAACCAGACGGCUGCAGUGACUCUGUUCAGAGACGCACGGACCAACGAGCUGGAGGAUAAGGAUUGGACCUUCGUACUCGAAGAUGUAUCUCCGUCGGGUAAGCGGCGCCGCCUAGCGUCGUGCCCCGUCAACCUCCGCCGGCACGCGUCCCUCAUGCCGGCCCAGAGGUCACUGAGAGUGACCCUGGACCCGGCCGGCCGGAGGCUGCGAGCUGCCAGGAUACAUCUCACGCUGCACUGUGUACUACUGAGAGAGGGGAACGCUACUGAUGAAGACAUGCAGUCCCUGGCGUCUCUCCUGUCUGUCAACAACAACUCAGACAUCGCUGUGUUAGAAGACUUGGAGGAAGACGAUUGUACGCUCUCUGAACACUCCACGAGACAGAUGUUGGACCUCAGACAACAGAUGGAAGAAAUGACACAGAGUUUAACGAACAGUGAUAUAGCAGCCACCCCAAACAGUGUACAGAGUCUCAACUUCGACAACUCCCGGACCCCAACCGCGCCGAUGACCCCCGAGUCAACAACCCCCACGACCCCCAAACCAAAAGAAACAAACGAUAGAACAGAACCCGAACUCAAAAUAAGCGAAACCUUCAACACACCAAGGACCAGACCCGAAUACUUAAGCAACCUGACCAAACUAGCGAUGAAGACAGACGUCCCUCGAUACACCUCCACACCCAAGACGACGACGCUCACAUACGAACCAAAGGUCGACGGUCUGAAGGGCGUGGAGUUUAAACCGAAGAUGAUAGCGAAAAGGAACCUUAAGCCGCUGGAGUUGAAAACAAAUUUGAAUAACAUUAAUCUGGAUACUAACGACAACGAGAAGGAUUUGGAUGAUGAUAAGACGCCCACCGCCGGGGAGAGGCUGCUCGCGCUGAGGGGACUCGAUAAGACACCGGUCCAAGAAUUACUGGACUGGUGCGGAGGAGUGACUCGAGAGUAUCGUUCUUGCCGGGUCACUGACCUGGCUCACAGCUUUCGCUCGGGACUGGCUUUCUGCGCCAUCAUACAUCACUACCGACCAGACCUCAUAGACUUCUCCGGUCUUCAAGCGGAGGAGUUUGAACAGAACGUCCGCACGGCGCUAGAAGCGAGCGCCCGACUGGGAAUCGCUCAAGUGCUUACUGUGAAGGACGUGUGCUCUGACAACGGACCUGACAAGCUAGCGAUAAUGACGUAUCUAUUUCAACUACGGGCUUACUUCACCGGGAAUGAAUUACAAGUCGAACAACUGGGUAACGAUGAGACUGAGUCAUCGUACUUGGUGGGGAGACAUGACACUGAUGAGAGUUUGCCGCCCGAACUGUUCAGUAGAGAGGUCAGCACGAGGCGCUCCAGGAACAUGGGGGAGAGGCAGAGGCCGGGCUGUCCUGAGUCCCGCCCAUCCCAGGAGCUGUCUCCAGACAAGUCCCCCGCUAUAAAGGACGUCCGAGACAUGUUGCUACACUCAAAGAACUUGCUGGGGAAGAUGCUGUCACCGGCCCGCGAGAGGGAGAGGCCCUCCGCCAAGUGGUUCGCUGACAGCGAGCCUGUACCGGCGCGGCCCGAAAAGUUGAUGACUCGUAAGGAACUGACGGACCCCUUCGGCUCUGAUGAGGAGGAGGAGGUACCGGCGACGGGGGAGGGGGAAGUGAAGCAACCGGAACCAGCUCCGGAAAACCCGCCUGAAAUACAACCUGAACCAGCGAAACCUGAACCGGAAGUGAAAGAAAACAAAACAGAAACCAAACCAGCCGCUGAGCUACCGAAACCAACACCACAACUACUGUCGCGACACGACGAGCUGAAGGAGAGAGCGAGACAGCUGCUGGAGGCGGCUAAAAUAGAAGAGAGACAGAGAGAGAUGGAGAUAGAGGGGAGGGAGGGGAGGGAGGAGGACGGACAGAAGAAGAGUGUGUCAGAGGACGAGCGGCAGGCGGUGCUGAGGGAGCGGGCCAGGAGACUCAUAGCGGACGCGAGGAACGGGGGAGGGGGGCGGAAGUGCUCCCCGUCAUCCCCCGCCGUGGAGAUCAUCUCCAAGCAGUCCGUCAUGGAUGAGUUCGUGGCCGCAGGUGGAGUGGAGCAGCUAGGAUCAGCGGGCUCUAGUCCCGGCUCUGGAAAGAGCUUGAACAACGAUAUAAGUGAUCCUCAUAGUGAUAGCGGGGCGCUGGCCGCGUUGGUUGGCCGACUGUCGCCUGACUGUCGAGAACAGAACGAGUCCGGCUCAUAUCUGGCGAGUGAAUUAGAAGCUUUAGAAAGAGAACAAAGAGCAGUGGAUGAAACAGCUGCUAGGUUGGAGGUGCAGUUGAGGAAGGUCAUGGAUAAAGGAGACGACGCGAGGGAGGAGGACCGGCUCAUGUCGCAGUGGUUCAACCUGGUGAAUAAGAAGAACGCGCUGCUGAGGAGGCAGAUGCAGCUUAAUAUACUUGAGCAAGAGGAGGACCUGAGUCGUCGCUGCGAGCUGCUGGCGCGGGAGCUGCGGCUGUCCCUGGGCGUGGAGGAGUGGAGGAAGACGCCCGGACAGAAGAGGAGGGAGAGACUACUGUUACAGGAGCUGCUGGCGGCCGUCAACGAGCGAGACAGACUGGUGCAGGAGAUGGACGAACAGGAGAAAGCGAUAGCUCAAGACGAUGAGAUUGAGAGGAACCUAUCAAACGUUGAGAUACAGAGGAAGAAUAACUGUAUACUACAGUGA